AGAACUUGUAUAUAAUGAUAAUCGAAGCACCCAAUCAGCAAUUUCCAAAUAGAAAGUUUUAAGCUUUAUUUCAACUUGGAAAGGGAGCCUAAGGUUCAGUUUAUUUAGUCAAAUCAAUAAAUUGGGGAAUAAAUGAUUAAAAAUAGUUUGCCAUAAAAUAAUAGGCAAAUUUUAAUGACAAUGAGCUAUAAACCUUAAACAUGAUAAUCAAAUACUAAAACAACUAAUUUAAUCAAGCAUCAUAAGUAAUAAAGAUAUAUGAAAUAUGUUAAUACAAUAAUAAGGUACUUUUAAUAAUGGAAUCUGGGGAAUAAGAUCUUUACAAAUAUAUUGAACAAUAAUAAUAAUUAAGUUUAGACUCAAAAAUAAAAAUAAUGAAAUAAGUAUUGAAAUUUAAUAUUUAUAUAGUUAUCAUAAUCUAUUUACUUUUUUCAUGAAACCUUGAAAUUGAUUCACAGAGAUAUAAAACCUGAAAACUUUAUCAAAGUAGGAGAUGAAUUCAAACUUAUUGAUUUUGGCUUAGCUAAAACUACUCAAGAUUUAUUUAUGACAUAAAAUGUAGGAACACCGUAAUUUUAAGCACCAGAAAUAAUUUAAUACAAAUAAGAUUACACUUGUGCUGUAGAUAUUUGGUCAUUAGGUUGUGUAUUUUAUGAGCUUUGUAAAUCAUAAGUAUUAUUUUAAGGUAUUAUUUUCUAUUAAUUUAGCAAAUACGAUUUAGGAAAUAUAAAACAUUGUACUAAAUUUCAAUUCAAAAUAUUUAGAAGAUAAAUUAAAUUAAGAUGAGAUGCCUUAAUCAUUAAAGAAUCUUUUAAUUUAAAUGAUUCAACCAAAUCCAAAAGAUAGAUUAUCAAUUAAAGAAGUGGUUAAUAAACUCAAUCAAAUCUAAAUAGAAUAAUCUGGAAAUUAAAAUAAUAAUUUUAUAGUUUAAAAUGGAUUCUAAAAAAAUAAUCAACAAUUUUAAUAAUAAAAUAAUUUUCCAUAAAUAAAUUAAUAAAUUAAAUUUAAUCCAUAGAUGUAAUAGGAAAAAUAAUAAAUACAAUAAUAAUAAUAAUAAUAAUAAUAAUUAAAAGAUUAAGAUUAAAAAUAAAUAGAAUAAACUACUUUAAUUUAAUAAAUUAUAACUAUUUUAGAAAGAUCAAAUACUUAAGAACAAUUUAAAAAUCUAUAAGAUCAAUAAGAUAAAUAUUAAUAAACAAUUACAUAAUAAAUUUAAUAGUUGUAAAACUAGUUUGAGACUAAUUUGAAUGAAUUAAAAAAUGAAUUUAAAGAUUAAAAUAAUUAAUAAAUAAAAGUUUAAAAUUGUAAUAAUGAGAACUUUAAUAAAGUUAUUUAAGAGUACUAAUUAAAUAUCAAAGAAUUAAAAUUAAAAAUAAAAGAAUAAGAUAUUGAAAUAAAAGAAUUGAAUUAAAGUUUAAUUCAAUUCUAAACCAAAAUAUAAGAAUUAAAUAAUUAAAUACAUGUAUCUAAAGAUAAAGAAUAGGCAUACUAACAAUUAGAUUAACAAAAUAAAGAAUUGAUUAAAGAUAUUGAACAAUAAUAAUAAAUGAAAUAAUCAUAAUUAUAGAGGGAAAUAUAAGAUUAAAAAAAUUUAAUUGAAAACUAUGAAAAGAAUAGUAAACAAUAUUAAGAAAAGUUAUCUGAAUUAAAUUAAUCUAUUAAUCAAUAUAAAUCUUAAGAAAAAAUAUUACAAAAUAAAAUUCAAGAGAAUGAAAAGAAAAUUUAAGAAUACUAAGAUUUUAAUCAAAAUUAAAAGAUGCAAUUAUAAUAAUUAAAUUAAAUUAUUUAAAAUUCUUAGUAAAUAAAAGAAUAGGAAGAUAAGAGUGAAAUUUUAAUAAAUAAAAUACUCUUAUAACUUGAAAAAUAAGACAAUCAAAUUCAACUUUAAUACAAUAUUUUAAGUGAGAAGAAAUGUAAAGAAAACUUAUAACAAAAUGAGAAAGAAAAGAAAAUUUAAGAUUACUAAGAGAUUAUUCAAAAUUAACAGGUCCAAUUAUUAAAAUUAAAUUAAAUUAUUGCAGAUUCUAAGCAAAUAGAAGAACUAGAAAAUCAAUUUGGAACUUAAAUUCUUAAAAUACUUGAUUCACUAGAAAACCAAUAAAAUCAAAAAUUAAUUCAACUUUAAUAGACAAUAGUUACAGAACUAAAAUCCAUUAAAAUAAACUCAUAAAAUUAGUCUGGAUAGAAUGUAUAUCAAGAGAAACUGGAGGAAUUAAUAUAACUAAAUGCUUAAUUAUAAAACACAGUUUAAUAAUAAGAAUGCCAACUUCAAUAAAAGAACAUAUAAAUAGAUAUCGUUAGAUCUGAAACCAAACGUUUAUUAGAAAAUUUAAAAAAAAAUUCUAUUUAACCUUAAAAUAUAAACAUGCACAUACGAUAAUCCAUAGCUGCCUUGAUUGCUUAAUAAAUUAAAGAUAUCUAAUAAAUAUUUUAGAUUAUAGAUGAAGCUAAGAAUUAGAUUGUCUCCUUUCUUUAAGAAAAUAAAAACCAUAGUAUAAAUCAGGAUAAAGGGUUUGCGAGCGAUUUAGAAUACAUAAAAAGCUAAUCUUCGCUGCUUUGUGAUUUUUUGAGGAAAUUAAAGAAAUGA